AAUCGUUCUUAUUUAGUUAGACAUAUGAUAUAAUUAUAGUAAUAUUUUGUUAAUGUUAUUAAACACAAAAAGUUAGUCGAUCAGCAUGAGUAAGAAAGUAGCAAUUGUCGGCGCCGGUGCAAUCGGACUAACGACUGCAUUGGCAAUUCAAAGAAAAUUUCCCAAUAUAGACAUUACAAUUUUCACGAAAGAAGUAAGUCCCCACACGACGAGUGACGUUGCAGCUGGACUGUGGGAACCGGUCUUUUUGGGAGACACUCCGGAGGAUAAAAUUGCUUAUUGGUCUCAGGAAACAUAUGAGCAAUUACUAAGAUGGUGGAAAGAGGGUAAAGCAAGAAAAUAUGGCGUAUGUUUAAUGCCAUCAGUAAAAUUAACAGACAAAUUAGAUUUUAAACUUCCAAAGUGGUUAGACUGUACGUUAGGCUAUUAUAUUCUUCCCAAAGAUGAACUAGCUAAGUUAAGUAACCGUCUAGAUGUAAAGUUAACCGCUGGAAUAAAUUUUAUCUCUUUCACUUGGGAAGGUGCUCUUUUCCUGCGAACACUUCAAAAACAAUUUACUGAAAAUGGAGGAAAGAUCGUUAUAAAGGCCGUUAAAAAACUACAAGAAUUAGCUGAUUUUGAUGUGAUUAUUAACUGUGCAGGACUUGGAGCCAAAGAAAUAGUAGGUGACCAGGAAAUGAUAUCAAUUCGAGGACAAGUAAGAAAAGUCGAAGCACCUUGGAUAUAUGAAUCUUGUGUAUUAGACGCCGAACCUAAAGUAUGCUAUAUAAUUCCUAACACAUCUCAAUUAACAUUAGGAGGCACGGCCAACUACGAUGUAGAUGACACUACUGUUACCGAGACUGAUAAAAGUAAUAUUGUUAGAGAUUGUAACCAGUUAGAUCGCUCCCUUAAAUCAGCCAAAUAUCUUAAAGAUGUUGUUGGCUUAAGACCGGGAAGAAGCCAAGUCCGACUCGAUAUCGAAACUUUGCCACACGGUGAUAAGGAGUUAAAAGUAAUUCACAAUUACGGACAUGGGGGAUCUGGAAUCACCUUAUCAUUAGGAUGCGCUGAAGAGGCUUGUAAUUUAUUGCAGAAAAUUAUUACCAAAAGUAAAUUAUAAAACUGAAAUUAAAAUAAAUGUUCUUAAUAUUGUCUU